AUGAUGAAUGAACGAGCAAUCGGCCCCAUAAGCCCGCAAGGCACCGCCUCACCACCCUCCUCAGGGUCUCUAGAUGGCCGCUACACAUCACUCAUCCGUCUAGAACACUCUCAUGCAGAACCAAGCUGGAAGCAUCUCGGAGGUGAUCGCAAUGGCCAUCUCUGGACAUACAUGUUCGGUGGACCCUACACAAACCAUCAACAAUGGAAGGAUGCAGUUGAAGGAUUCAGCAAAACCGAAGAGCCGUUUUUCUACACUGUUCUUUCUGGCCCGCGAGAUGAUCCUGCCUCUGAGCCUGUUGGCCAAAUGUCUUAUCUGAACAUCGUUCCAGACCACAGAAGGGUUGAAAUUGGCAACAUCAUCUUUGGGUCGCAACUGAAGCAGACAAGAGCUGCGACGGAGGCAUUCUAUCUGAUUAUCAAGAAUGCCUUUGAGGAGUUGGGGUAUCUGCGGGUUGAGUGGAAAGCGAAUGCUUUGAAUAAGCCUAGUCUUGCUGCUGCGGAGCGGUUAGGGUUUGUGUUUGAGGGUAUUUUCAGAAAACACAUGAUUAUCAAAGGGAGACGACGAGAUACUGCUUGGUUCAGCAUUACCGAUGAGGAGUGGCCUGCUGCCAAGAAGGCGUUUCAAGUUUGGUUGAGCGAGGAUAACUUUGAUAAGGAUGGGAAGCAGAUCAAGUCUUUGAAAGAUAUCAGACAAGAGUUUGCAGACGGUAAUUGA